CUAUGCUAUAGCCAUAUUGUUCUGUGCUAUAGUCGUACUGCCCGUAGACCGUAGUUGAGUAGUUCCGCGUCCUCGGACGUUCGCGUUUGUCUAUGCUAUUAAAUUAUUUAAUAUGCCAAUAUAAUAUUCAAUAUGGCAUUAUAAUAUUAUAUCUAUAUUUUGUGGUGAUUAGUUCUUACUAUAUUAUUCACUACUCAGUAUUCAGCACUCGGUGUCUUACUAUCGUAGUAUCGUCUGUCAUUAGUCAUUAAUCAUUAUUAUUCACUAUACAGUAUAAUACUCUAUUAUAACUAGUUAUAAUGUUUCUGGCUAUAUAUAAUUAGUGGGCAUCGUUCGUGCUUGUGUUGUCGUGCAAUAGGUCCUUAUUUGGACGACCUGUUUAGAAUACCUCUGUGGUGAUACGUAUUUUUGUACACAUUUAUCAUUGCAAAUCACAUGGCGAAAUACUUCAACAGACAUUUCCUAAAAACGUUAGCGCUGUCCACUGGUGUUGGAGCCGUUAGUGGUUACGCAGUGUACUCUUACCUUGGAUCCAACGAUACCGAAGUCCAGGUGCAGAAUGGAAUAGAACAGAGGUACUACAAAAUAUUCGAGAACAAGGAAACCAAAUGGGAUUCUAACUGGGACAAGCGACAAUCUAAGAGUCUAGUAAAGCCAGUUGAUUCCAAUAAAUCAGAUCUUCAAGAUAAGUAUGAUAAGAAAAUUGAAAGCCAAAAAUCUCGUGCAACAAGGCACAUUUUUCUUAUUAGACAUGGGCAGUACAACCUAUCUGGAGAGACUGAUGGAGAUAGGAAGUUGACUGAACUAGGGAGAAAACAAGCUCUAUUCACUGGUGAGCGGUUAAGUAUAUUAGAUUUUCCAUGGACAACAAUUACACAGUCAACAUUGACUCGAGCAAUGGAAACUUGUUCAAUAAUCCAAACGCAAUUGCCUGCAAAUAUACCACUGACAUCAUCUGAUUUAUUAACUGAAGGAGCACCAAUACAACCAGAUCCGCCAAGCAAACACUGGAAACCUGAGUUAUAUUUUUUUAGGGAUGGAGCUCGUAUAGAAGCAGCUUUUCGAAAGUUCAUUCAUAGAGCGCCACCUGACCAAAAAGAAGACUCUUAUGAAUUAAUAGUUUGCCAUGCAAAUGUUAUAAGAUAUUUUGUUAUGAGAGCAUUGCAGUUGAAUCCAGAGGCAUGGUUACGUUUGAGUUUAGAUCAUGCAAGUAUUACGUGGCUUAGUAUUUAUCCCAAUGGAAGAGUAUCCUUAAGAUGUUACAGUAAUUCUGGGUACAUGCCACCAGAAGCUAUUUCUCGUUAAAUAAUAUUUACAAGUUAUCUAUUUAUUAUCAAAUAAAUUUUAAUUACUGAACCCUA